ACCCGGAAGCGCCGUGCGAGCAGCUCAGGCUGGGGUUGGGGGUUGGGGGUCGGGGGUCGAGUAUCACGUGUAACAUGGCGGCUCAGCGGAGAAACAUGUUUGUUGACAAAGUACUGAAGAGACUAUAUGCUAGUGUUCCAUGUGACCAAGACAAAAGGACUCUAGGGACAACCUCAGAGAAACCUCCCGUGAAAGUGGCACCUGAGAAAGUGACAAGCAGGAAUACCCCUGCUCAGACAGGGCAGGGUACGGCAGAUGGCAACACUAAGAUCCCUCCAGGAAGACGGCUGUACACUGUGAGCUUGCCUCCUGAAGGGUAUGUUCCUGAAUUCCUAGAGCCACCCUGUGACCUUGGGUCCCAGAGCUCCUCAGACAGCAAGAGCAGUGAAAGCAGUGAGGACACAGAAGACAAGAAUCCUGAUGAUCAGCCAAAGAGAAGAAGAAUUAGAAAGCACAAAUCAAAGCAAAAGUUUAAAAAUCCCAGUAAUGUUCAUGCAGAAGAAGCAGAAUUAGAGAAACAGCAGAAUCUUUUACAAGAAAAAUCACAGCCACGGCACACAGAUGGUUCCAUCAUGAGCAAAAAUAAAAAAAGGAAACUGAAAAAGAAACAGCAACUUAAAAGGAAGAAGGCAGCCGGUUUACUAACAAAAACAGCGUCUGGUGUCAACUUCCUGUACCAGCCAGAGGAGGGUGGCAGUGAGCAGGGAGAUACUGAUGGAGAGGAAGGGGUGACAGACCCAGAGGAGGAAGGUCCUACAGGCAGCACACAGGAGGAACGGGGGACAGCCCUCCAGGAGGAACAGGAGACUGACCCUGAGGAGGAAGAACAUACAGACACCCAGGAGAAAGAAGACCACAGAACCAAUGAAAAGGCAGAUGGGAUCCUAAAUUUUCUGAAGUCAACACAAGAAAUGUAUUUUUAUGAUGGUGUUUCAGAGACUUCAGACAUAGCUGUCCUCAUGGAAACCGCUGAAGAGCUAUUCAAACAUCUUGAAACCCACAGCAUGUCACCCUCAGACGUGCUCAUUCUGGAUCACAUGAGAACACUAUUGCUUCUCCAGGACACUGAGAGGUUGCAGAAAGCCCUGGAGAUGUUCCCAGACCACUGUGUGAUGCCGCCUGAUCAUGCCAGAGUAAUCUCAGCUUUCUUUAGUUACUGGAUCACACAUGUCCUUCCUGAGAAAAAACAAUGAAUAAAAUCACUACAUCUAUUUAAGAAGAACUAAUAUUUAACAAGAAAAUAAAUAUAAAAGACAAAUCUAAAAUAGUCUAAGACUCAAUUCCUACAUAGCAAAUUAUAAUUUAUAUUUUAUUAUCCUAUUUUAUUAAAUGUCUUUUUAUCAUUCAAGGAUGUUGAAUUUUGUCUAAAGUAUUCAUCAAUUGAGAUGUGUAUUUUUUUGGUUGUUGUUCAAUACAUGACAUGGUUUUUUUAUUUGUUGAACUAUUCUUGCAUUGUGGGAAUAAAUCCCACUUGGUUAUGUGCUACUUGUUAGUUUAAUAAGGAUUUGUACAUCUAUUGUUCAUAUGCCACUAUUGGUCUGUAAUUUUCUUUAUUGUGUUCUCUCUAUCUGGUUUUUGGUAUCAGGAUAAUGCUGGUCUCAUAGGAUAAGUUUGGAGGUAUUCUUUACACUAACUUUUUUGCAAGAGAUUGAGAGUGUUCAUUCUUUAAAUGUAUGGUAGAAUUAACCAGUGAAAUUAUCUGGUCCUGUACUCUUCUUAUUGGAAAGGUUUUUAUUACUAAUUCAAUCUCACAACAGUUUUUUUAUCUGUUCAGAUAUACUAUAGUUUCCUAAUUCAGUCAUAGUUGAUAAUAUGUUUCUAGGAAUUUGUCCUUUUCAUAUACAUUAGCCAAUGUUUUUAGUAUACAACUUUUCAUAAUAUUCUCUCAAAAUCCUUUUUACUUCUGUAAUGUGGUGGUAGUGCUCCUUCUUUCAUAUCUGAUUCUAGUCAUCUGAUAUAUCUCUUGUUUUCCUGAGCUAUCUGGGUAGCCACAGGUCUGUCAAUUAGCUUUUCAAAAAAUCAUUUUUUGGCUUUGUUGAUUUUUCUCUAUUGUUUUCUGUUCUCUAUUUUAUUUUUGUAACCUCGUGUUUACGAUUCCCUCCCCUCUGCUAGUUUGGUAUUUGAUUUACUCUUUCUUCUGGUUCUCUAAGGUUUACAGUUAAAUUAUUCAUUUAAGAUACUUCUUUUUCACUGUAUGUGACUUAUAGCUUUAAAUUACCCUCUGAACACUGUUUUUUGCUGCAUCCCAGGCAGUUUUAGAUUUUGUUUUCAAUGAAAAUACAUUCAUCAUUGUGUUUCUAAUUUUUUUGUACAGUUUCAUCUUUGAUCCAUGAAUUAAGUGUAUUAUAUAAUUUUUACAUAUUUUUUUUCUUUCAGUUGAUUUCUGUUGAUUUCUACUUCCAUUCCAGUAAGCUCAAAAGAUAGCAUGUAAGAUUUCAAUCAUUUAGAAUUUAUUAAGAUUUUCUUUGUAGGUCAACUAUGGUCAUACUGCAGAAUAUUCCACAUGUUCCUGAGAAUAAUCUGUAUAUUACUAUUGUGGAAUAUUCUGUAUAUGUUACUAAAUGCCAGUUGACCUCUGUGUUAUUCAAGUGCUCUAUUUAUUGCUUGAUUAUAUAAGCAGUGUUUCUAUUCAUUACUGAAAGUGGUGUACUCAACUAUAGGACUGUUUAUUUCACCCUUCAGUUCUGUUUUCUUCUAUUACAUAUUUUAGGGACUCUAUUAUAAUUAAAUGCAUAUAUGUUUAUAAUUGUUAUAUCUUCUUGUGUUGUGUCUUGUACUAGUCUAUAAUGUGCUUUGUUUCUUGUAAAUUUUUUUUUCAUUUUUGCUUCUUGAAAAGCAGUAGCAUAGCUUCUCUCUUUAACAACAGCACUGUCACACAGUUCUCUUUGGUUAUUAUUUGUAUAGAAUAUCUUUUUCUAUUCUUGAACUUUCAAAGUGUAUUUAUUUUGCUGCCAGGAUUAUCUCUGGGGUAUCAUGCCUGCACUGCUGACCCUGGCAGCCAUUUUCCCCUUUUCUUUAAUAGAUAGAGAAAAGUAGAGAGAGAAAGAGAGACAAACCCCCCACACACACACACACACAUCUGCAAGGGGAACACAAGGUGUCUGUCAUUCUCCCUAUCUCCCCCCCCCCCCCCCGCUUAAUUUCUCUCCAUCCUAUCCAAUAACAUGGAAAAACUGGGGGACUGGGCAGUAGCACACCACAUUAAGCACACAUAGUGUGAUGCACAAGUACUGGCACAAGGAUCCCAGUUUGAGCCCCCAGCUUCCCAUCUGCAGGGGCUUGCUUCACAAGUAGUGAAGCAGGUCUGCAGGUGUCUCUCUUCCUCUCCCCUUUUCUGCCUUACCCUCCAUUCUCAAUCUCUCUCUGUCCUAUCCAACAAUAACAGCAACAAUAACAACAACAACAAGAUUGCCUCCAGGGGCAGUGGAUUUGCAAUACAAGCACUGAGCCCUAGCAAUAAUCCUGGAGGCAGAGAGAGAGAACCCCACAGGACUGUUUCUCUACUUUCCUCCUGCAGUUGGGAAUAACUGAAAGCAGUCUCCUCUGGACAGCACAUAGGUGAAUCCAGGGCUUUUAAACAUGUUUCAAUCUGACAAUCUGCCUUGUAGUAGGAUAGUUUAACCUAUUUACAUUUAAUAUGACUUAACAAUAAAGAAGAAUUUACUUUUGUAUGUCUUAUAUGCAUUUUAUUCCUCAAUCUCUCCAUUUCUGCCUUUUUCUUCCUUUUAAGUCUUUUUUUGUAUACCAUUUUGAUUUGUUUUUCUGAAUACUUCAUGACUAUUUUCUUAGUGGUUACCUUGAGGAUUAUAAUGAAUGUAUCAUGCUUACAACAUAAUUUGAGUAAUAUCGACUUAUUUUCAACAUUUUCCUUUAUAUUGUCUUAUAUUAACAUAUUAUAUACCCAUUACCACAGAUGUAUAAUUAUUGUUCUAUGCAUUUGAACAUGUGAGACAUAGAGAAACUGUCAAUAUUG